GAAAUCCCAAAAAGAAAACUCGUAAAUAGAAAUUCUAAUUCAGAAAAUCUGAUGAUUGUUGAUCUUUUUUUUCUAAAAACGAGUGAAUUAAUAAUCAAGUUUUGCCUGUAAUAAUCAAUUCUUAGUUCAAUUUUUGUGCUAUUCAUCGUAAAAGAAUACUACUUGAUGUAUCAAAAUGACUAGCGAAAGAAAUCAAUCCGAUGAAAACGUCGUCUCAGCCGGCGGAUCAGGCCCAAGUACUGCUACUUUGCAACAAAUGUUAGCUAUAUCUACUUCUCUGACUAACGAACAAAAUCCAAACCCUACCGGACCUGUGGAUAAAGAUAGGAUGAAAUUCUUCUUCGAAAGCCUUCAAAGCAUCCAAGGCAGUUACCAAGAUGAUAUAGAAGUAAUCAAGCACAGUUUAGCCGAACUGAAAAGCUGGUCUGGUGAUAAUUCGUCGCUGGAAAGUUGUACUUUAGCGUUACAGAAUAUCAUGGAUCUCGUCGAUCACAUAGACGUAGCAUCAGAUUUUAUGAAAUUGAACGGGUUUGCGGUGGUUAGCAGAUUUUUAAGUGUUGAUGAUCCAGAAGUGAUUAGAAUGUCGGCUGAAAUUAUCGGUAUUUCGUGUCAGAAUCAUCCUCUGUGUCAGAAAGCUGUCGUAGAUCAUCCUAAAAUAUUCCCCGAUUUGUUCUCUGUCUUGCAGUCGAGUCAGUUGAAGGAUGGUGUUAAAUUGAAAGCUGUGUUUGCCCUAUCUUCUUCUAUUCAGAAUAAUCCUGCUGGCCACGAUAAGUUUAAGAAAUUGAACGGCUAUGACGUAUUCCUAAGUAUACUAAAAACUGCCGAUAUUCCUCUAAGGUUGAGAAUAUGCUUCGUAUUCGACUGCUUGUGUUCGCAAUUUCCCGAAAUCAAAUCUAACUUGCUCGAGAAACAUUACGUCAAUUAUUUAGUCGAAUUAUUGACUCUGAUUCCUCUCGAAGAACCUAAAGAAACAGUACUUAACGCGAUGCUGACAUUUAUCGAAGGAUUUUACGACGCUAUAUGCGAAUGUAAAAAAGAAGAACAUAAUUUGAAACCAAUUCUCGAAUACUUGAUCGCUCACUAUAAAGAUGAAGUAGUUGUUGAAAAAGAAAAAGCAAUCCGCCUCAAAGAAGAACUCGAUCGGUUCGCGCCUGAAGGGGAACCAAACUUGAAAAAAUAACUCGUCGUAUCGAUUGGUCGGACGUUUUAAGCGUGUUUUCGAUUUUAUCCUGUGCCGAGGUGAUAUAUAAUUUGUUUUGCAUGAGACCAGCAUGUUGACCGAAUGUAUCUGUAUCUUGGUUUCAAGACUCGAAUUCCUCUUAAUCUGUCUUUCUUCUAUUUUUUUUCUACUGUAUUAUUGUUCUGUCUCGGUUCUAAGAUAAGUUACGUAGAUACGUAGUAUUUUGUUUGAUUGUUGAAACUGUGUGUUUGACGAAAAUACAGAGCUGCCACCUCAUUCCUUCAAUAAACACUACAUUCCAACAUGAAGAAAACACUAAAAAGCACUUGGAUGCUUUUUUGAUCCAAUUACAUAUUUCCUAUGGACACCUGGAAGGGGGGGGGGGUCGAAAAAAUAAUAAUUUUUCAAGUAGGAUUUCGUUGGUAAAUUAACGAUUUUUCUGAUGAAUUUGAUGAUUUUACCCAGGAAUUUGAGGAAAUUUGAUUAAAAACAGCUGAUCAGAAAUCCUUCGAAAAAAUAAAAAGAUCAACUUUUUAACAGCAGUCAAAAAAACACCAGAUUUAGUGAAAAUGCACUGGGGUUGGCAGCUCUGCGAAAAUAACCGACUGGAAUCGGAAAUACAUCUGUGUAAUAUUUCAAUAUUUUGUAAAAAGAGUAAUAUACGUGUUUAUAUUUUAA